CAGCGUGAGUGUAUCAGUGUUCACAUUGGUCAGGCUGGUGUCCAGAUCGGUAACUCUUGUUGGGAGCUGUAUUGUCUGGAACAUGGCAUUCAGGUACGGUUGAUGGGAUCAGCUACGUUUUCUUAAAAUUAAUGAUUGUCUUAUAAGAUAAACAUAUAGUACCGGUAUAUUUUUUGCAUAAAACUUAAAACAGCCGAAAGGACAAAUUCCCUCUUACAUUUACCCCCCCCCCCCCCCAGGAAACUAAAUCCGCCACUCAUUCAACUUCCCUAGUUAAACUAGUUUACUCUAUGAAUGCUCUUGCUGUUAUAUAACAUGUUCGUUGUAUAUGUUCUAUGAGAAACGUUACUGUGCCAGAAUUAUAGCGUUACUUUUCAUUUUAAAAAGCAAUGUUUUAAGUCAUUUGAUUUUUUUUAUAGAUCCAUCAAGGAAAAUGUAAAGGCAGUGAAUUAUUUGAGUAAGACAUUCUCUAUUAACAUUAUCACUAACUAACAUCAUACACCACAAAACCAUGUACUCGGUACUGUGGAGUUAAUGAGUCCAAGGUUCGGUACUGUGGAGUUAAUGAGUCCAAUAUACGUUACUGUGGAGUUAAUGAGUCCAAUGUACGGUACUGUGGAGUUAAUGAGUCCAAUGUACGGUACUGUGGAGUUAAUGAGUCCAAUAUACGGUACUGUGGAGUUAAUGAGUCCAAUAUACGAUACUGUGGAGUUAAUGAGUCCAAUAUACGGUACUGUGGAGUUAAUGAGUCCAAUAUACGGUACUGUGGAGUUAAUGAGUCCAAUGUAUGGUACUGUGGGGUUAAUGAGUCCAAUAUACGGUACUGUGGAGUUAAUGAGUCCAAUGUACGGUACUGUGGGGUUAAUGAGUCCAAUGUACGGUACUGUGGGGUUAAUGAGUCCAAUGUACGGUACUGACAAAGGUCCUCAAUUCCACAGCCUGACGGCCAAAUGCCGUCUGACAAGACCAUCGGUGGGGGCGACGACUCUUUCAACACUUUCUUUAGUGAGACAGGGGCGGGCAAGCACGUACCAAGGGCCGUCUUUGUGGAUUUGGAACCUACAGUUGUU